AUGGGCGACCCGGGCCUGCGGUUCCCCAUAAUCCAGUUCACGUUCCUGCAGGACGCAGAGGGCGUCUCGCGGGACUUGAAAGAACUGCAGCCCCUCGGGGCCUACAGCAGACCCUUCGUUGCAUGCAAACAGUCCGAAACCCUCAGCGAAGUCGCCACCCUCGCGGACUACCUGCAGGAGCUCGCGGCGGACGCGGCCGUGGCCGCGGGCGACACGCUCGGCUUCAACGCCUUCUCGGCCUCCGCGGCCUACCGCGAACAGGCACGGAAAACCGUGCAGAAAAAGUCCCGCACCUUCAUCCUCAAGACCUACUGCCUGCGCUACGAGGCCGGACUCGCGCAGAGCGACGACUUCAGCUGGAAUUACACGUUGGCGUUUACGGACGGAGUGGCAGCUUUGCCGGACGUCUUCGACGGCAGCAGCAGCGAAGGCCAGGGCUGCAACCCAACGCUGUGGCGGGAGAACAGCCACGACAGCGUUUGCGCAGACACCAACGUCAAGACCUGGAUGAACUUCAUUGACCAGUUCGGCACCCACUACAUCGUCAAACUCUUCGCAGGCGGGAAGCUGACGCAGCAAAUCACAAUGUCGAACUCGGACAUUGCGCAGCUGACGAGCUCCGGCACGAACGUGAAGAGCGCGUUGAAGGCGACUUUCGGGGUGGUGAGUGGCGGCGUUUCUUCGAAUGUUUCGAAAGAAGCGGAACAAAGAGAACAACUCAAACAUUUCCAAUACGAAACCGAAACCCUUAUUGUCGGAGGCCGAGUCCCAAAAGAUGUUUCCGACCCAGACUCCAUGGCCGAGUGGUCCGACACAGUUGAGGAACUCCCGAUGCCGGUUAAGAUCACCAUCCAGUCACUUUCCUAUUUGCUGCCCGAAGAAAAAAAAGAAGCAUUUGAAAAAGCUUCGCGUUUUUACGCGGAGGCAGUUGGAAUGUCGAGGGCCGACCUCAACGCUAUGGGGGGAAAAGUAGAGUCCAUUGGCGAAGUGCUGCGAAAAGCAACGCAAGUGACUUACGCGGGCGACCCUCCUGGCUACGCCUUCUGCGCUCCCCACGAGCGGGUUUUGUUGGGUUUUGCACUUCAACUAAAUUUCCUCGACGACGCAGCCAUUGCCCAAGACGCAGAAAUCAAAGCCUGCCCCUCCGGAAGAGACAAAUGCGACGGAAUUGAAAAGCCCCCCAAAGAAGGCGAUGACGCUCGCAUUUUCGCCCUUUGUGGCCCCGAGCCCGUCGCAGGACUUGAACAAGUCGUCGCCCAAGGCCCAGCAAAAGCCAUGGCUGUUUGCCCCCAAGGCUCUGUUAUUUUGAGCGGCUUCACUUUGUCGCUGGCAGGGGGCCGUGAGGGUCUCCUGAAAACAACGUUCUUUCCUUGCAGAGCAGGGGUCCCCACAUGCAGCGUUUUGGCCACGCGGGGCAUCGAAAAAAACUUCGUGUGGAUUGCAUGCGUGGAUGAGAAAACGCCAGGCUUGCAGGACAUCGUAAAUGUGGCAGAGACAGUCACAGGGGUGGCUUCCAAAGUGACCAAUAUGGACGGCACUGUUAAACCCGCGGGCGACAAGGGAGACGCACUUCGCGGCCGGCGCGAGGGACCUGCGGACCGAGCCGGAGACAGAAACGACACACUUCCAGACGCCCUUGGAGACAGAGUUGGAGACAGAGUUCGAGACAGAGUUGGAGACAGAAAUGACAGGGCCGCGGACCAGCGCCUGUGCGUCCUCAAGGUCUGCGACUUCGGCAGCGCCGCGGACUUCGCCGAAAACACCCCCACCGCCUACCUCGUCUCCCGCUUCUACAGGGCCCCCGAGAUCAUCAUCGGGGCCAAGUACGGGCCCCAAAUCGACGUUUGGGCGGCGGCAGCCACGCUCUACGAGCUGGCCACUGGCCAGGUUCUUUUCCAGGGGCGGACGAACAACGACAUGCUGCGGUGCAUCAUGGAGUACAGGGGCAAGCUGCCGAACAAACUGAUAAGGGCCGGGCAGCUGGCGCACCUGCACUUCAACCAGGACUUGGAGUUCGUUUUCAAAGACAAAGAUCCUUUUUCGAAACGCGAAGUUCCGAAAGUCCUGAGGGACCUGCGCCCCUGCAGGAGCGUGACGGAGGCGCUGCUGGAGAGGCAGCCCUGCUGGCUCAAAGGGAACAGCCCGAAGGCGAACUUCGUGCGGAAGAAGCUGAAGCAGUUUGGGGACUUGAUUGAAAAGUGUUUAAUUUUGGACCCCCAAAAGAGACUCACUCCCGACGAGGCGCUGCAGCACCCCUUCGUCAAGGAGACCAUUCACUUCGUAGACGCGGGACCCAGGGCCUAG